CUCGUCGUCCGGCGGCUGUCACAGGCGCAGGCCCAGCGAAAGCAAAACAGUUGCGCCUCGAGAAACCGACAGCCACUCCGAGCACUGCGUCGGGAACGAAAUCCCGAUGCGGCCCGAUGUAGACAUACGGGAGGUGGAAAUUACGAUGUGGAUGGAGUUUGAGGAACAAGAUUCUUUUUUCUUUCUCUCUUGGUCGAUGGGAAGAUGUUUGCUGAAUUUGGCUUGAGCGAGGACCGAUCGAAUUACUCCAGUGGGGACUGACUGGUGAUUUGUAUACCACAGAGAAGGGAAUUGAAAGUUCAGGGAAUGGAGGAUGUGCGGCUAGGGCGGUGUGAAGGUGCCGAAGGAGUGGGAAAGAUGGGCAAGUGGGUUCACAAGCUCGCCAGAUUUUAUGCUCCUUGUGCGCUGCCUCUGCUUUGUGUUACGAUGGGUUUGUGGAUUCCUGAGAGUCCUGGAAGUCGCUCGGGAAGUAAAUCCUCCAUCUCUGGGUGAUUGAGGUUAACCUAGGGUUGAAUGCAGCAGAACUCUAGACACAGUUAGAGGAAUUCGGUCGCUUAAAUUCGAGGAGCACAUUUGUCAGAGCCUCAAUUCGUUCCUGUGAUUUGCCGCGUAUCUCAAUCUAGAGCGUAAGUUCUAGUUUCUACUUCGGCUCGAAGCAUAAUUCAAAUUCUAGAUUAGGACUGAAAAAUUUGGGGAGAUUAUCGGAUCAAUUUCAAUAUGGAAACGCUCUGUUCUAUUCCCAAGUUAACUUCAAGGUGUCUGUCUUUCUCGACCUCUCUUCUCGAAUUGUCAAGAUUUCAUUCAUUUUGCCCCGGUUUACCUCAAGAGCUUAAUGUUAGGCGAGGAAGAACUGCGUUCAGAUUACGAGCGCAACCAUGCAGUGGAAUCUCCACGAUUCAUGUGAAGGAGUCGAGGGUGUCAAGGAGACAGACAAUUCGUUGCGUAGGAUCUGGACCCGAGCCCGAGCCGUACGAUCCAGAUUUUCCAAAGGAAGAAGUGUUUUUGUAUCGAAGGACGGUUUAUGAUCACAAAGACUGGUCCCGGCACCGCAGUAGUUUGCGACACAGUCGCCAUAUUCUUUCCAUGCGAUCUUCGAGAGUCAUUUUAGCUCUGUGGCCUCCAGUUUUUGGGCUGACUACGGUGUCUAUUGCGCUCUCUGCGUACAAUGAGUGCAUACUGAGUCACUGGUUACCUUCCUUCCUCCCGUUGUUACAUGUCUCGGCGACUCCCUUCCAGUUAAUGGCCCCUGCCUUGGCUUUGCUGCUUGUGUUUCGGACAAAUGCCUCGUAUGCCAGGUUUGAUGAGGCCAGAAGGGCGUGGGGUUCGAAUGUGAACAGGACGAGGGACAUUACCAGACAAGCGUUGACUUGGAUGCAGCACCCUUCAGAUGCCGAGAAGGUCAAAAAGCUGAUACGUCAUUGUGUAGCAUUCAAUGUAUGUAUGAAACACCAUCUGGUGAGAGGUGGAGACUUGCGGGAUGAUCUACAUUCUUGGAUUGACAAGGAGGAAAUUGACGGAAUUCUAGCUUCUACUCAUCGGCCCAACUACGUUUUGCAAGUCAUGUCAGAAAUAAUCCACAGCUGCAGCAUAACAGAGAUGCAGUUAACUCGAAUGGAUGUAAACAUGACUCAAUUUGCUGACAAUCUGGGAGCCUGUGAGCGAAUAUUCAAGACUCCAAUUCCUCUAUCAUAUACUCGAUUGACAUCCAGAUUCCUCGUGUUGUGGCACAUUGCCCUUCCUUUAGCUUUGUGGGAUCAUUGUCAAUGGGUUUCUGUUCCGGCCACAUUUCUGAGUGCAGGUGCUUUGUUCUGCAUUGAGGAGGUGGGAGUUCUCAUUGAGGAACCUUUCCAGAUCUUUCCUCUUGACAAUAUUUGCAGUACUAUCAAGAAGAAUGUUGACGGUCUUAUACUGGCUCAUACAGAAAUUCACCACUGCCACAAACAUCCCCCCAAGGGAUGUGACAUUCCGAAGAAGAAAAGUUCAGGUGACGCGCCUAAGUCUUAGUAAGAAUUCGGAGACCGACUGACUGCAGUUCAUCACACCAAGUGGAUCUCAAUGCCUGUAUUCCUGUCAUUUGCUUGAUGACAUACGCCACCGACCUUCACAUGGUGCAAGCUGCAGAUCUCUUACGUAUAUACUAAAUGUUCUGAUGAUGUAAACAUAAGAUGUUGUAGAGUAUGGAUGAUACGCCCAUGGACAUGGGUACCAGUAGAGAUCAUUGCCCUCUGUUCCUCGUUGCUUCUUUCUGUCUACAUCCCGGAGAUUUGCCUGAACUGUCGAGAUGGGACUAGUGACCCUUUCCUUGCAAGUUAACGGCAUGAAGGGACUCUGCACGACCAUGCCCACGUCAAGCUCGUUCCUUCAAAUGAAGCUAGAAGAUCUGGGCAUGAAUUUCGGUGAAUCAGAAGGAUACAGUGGAUAGUAGGUUUGAUACUAGGCUCAGUUAUCAAGAAUUUAUUUCCUGAUUUAGUGGGUGCAAGAUUAAGGAGGUCCUUUAUAAGCUGACUUGUACCCUUUCACUCUUCCUCCGUUGUACCACUGUAUAUAAUACAUUUACCAAUUUUGAGUAGAAUCUGCCAACAUGAUCGAAAAUGGUGCCAACGAUGUGCAUCGCCAACUGACAGCCGGAAGGACCAAGUGGAAAGUGGUGGAUGCACCUGGGAAAUAUCUACUCCGUUUCAUGCAUAGUUCCCCACACCAUCUGCGAAGUUGUACAUUUUUCUUGUCUGAAUUAUUCAUGACCUUUUAAGCUUUCAAAAUU